CAUCCCCCGGCGUAGCGGCGGUGGCGGGACCUGGCUCGGCUUCUCCCCGUGAUGUCCCCCGGGCAGCAGGGAAAGGCGACUCACUCGAGGUCCGGGGGAAAGGCCUAGUGUCUCCAGCGGUGCGCCCGCGCCCCUCCAGCGAUGAUGGCAGAGGAGCAGCAAGCGGAGCCGCCGCCGCCGCUGCCCGGCCCCGGGGGGGCACUGCCAACCCUGGUGCCCGGGCUGCAGGGGGCAGAGGCCAGCGCCCUGCAACACAAAAUCAAGAACUCCAUCUGCAAAACUGUACAAUCUAAAGUGGACUGCAUCUUGCAAGAAGUUGAGAAGUUUACAGACCUAGAGAAACUCUACCUCUAUCUUCAACUGCCUUCGGGUCCCAGCAAUGGAGAGAAAAGUAGUGAUCAGAUCUCAAUGUCAUCAAGCCGUGCACAGCAAAUGCAUGCUUUUUCUUGGAUUCGGAAUACCUUGGAGGAGCACCCAGAGACAUCUCUUCCCAAACAGGAGGUUUAUGAUGAGUACAAGAGCUAUUGUGACAAUCUUGGUUACCAUCCAUUAAGUGCUGCUGACUUUGGAAAGAUCAUGAAAAAUGUCUUUCCAAAUAUGAAAGCCCGCCGUCUGGGCACAAGAGGCAAAUCAAAAUAUUGCUACAGUGGACUGAGGAAGAAAGCUUUUGUGCAUAUGCCAACACUGCCCAACCUUGAUUUUCAUAAAACUGGAGAUGGGUUGGAUGGGGCAGAGUCAUCAGGGCAGCUUCAAAGUGCUGAUGAGGAAGUUGUGUCUGCUGCAUGCCGGCUUGUAUGCGAAUGGGCCCAGAAAGUGCUCAGCCAGCCCUUUGAUUCCGUUUUGGAUUUAGCUCGUUUUCUUGUAAAAAGUCAUUACAUCGGUACCAAAUCGAUGGCAGCUUUAACAGUAAUGGCAGGGGCACCCGCAGGAAUAAAAGGGAUUUCCCAGCCCUCUGCUUUUAUACCCACUGCUGAAAGCAAUUCCUUUCAGCCUCAAGUGAAAACUUUGUCAUCUCCUGUCGAUGCCAAGCAGCAGCUACAGCGUAAGAUCCAAAAGAAGCAACAGGAACAGAAACUUCAGUCUCCCUUGCCAGGAGAGUCUCCAGCUAAGAAAACAGAAGGCGCUACAACAAAUGGAGUAGCUAGUAUUUCUAAUGGAAGCCCUGCCAUCUUGUCUCCUCAGCCUAUUGGUAUCGUAGUGGCAGCUGUCCCCAGCCCCAUACCGGUACCGAGGACCAGACAACUGGUAACAUCUCCCAGUCCCAUGGCCGCAUCUGAUAGUAAGGUUCUUCCGCUCAACGUUCAGGUGGUCACUCAGCACAUGCAAUCAGUCAAACAGUCACCAAAGACUCCUCAGAAUGUUCCAGCCAGUCCAGUUGGUGACCGUUCUGCACGGCCUCGUUACCCACAGAUCCUACCUAAGCCAGCAAACACCAGUGCUCUCACCAUCCGUUCCCCCACUACGGUGCUCUUCACCAGUAGCCCAAUUAAGACUGUUGUGCCAGCUCCACACGUGAAUUCCUUAAAUGUGGUAAAAAUGACAGCAAUAUCUCUUGCCCCUAGCAGCAGUAGUGUACCCGUCAAACAGGCAACUUCAGUGAAUAGCAGUACAGGAGCAACAGAAGAGUCAAGGACUGUACCACAAAUUAAAAAUGGAUCUGUCGUUUCACUUCAGUCUCCAGGAUCUAAGACUGGCAGUGUUGCAGCAACAUCUGCAGUUGAGAUCAAAAUGGAACCAGAAGCAUUACUGGAUGAGAACCAAACACAGUGCCAAGAGAAUUCUGACAUGUCUAAGCCUUUAAAGGGAGCCUCUGGCCUGCCUGCUGCUCAGAGGAGUAAUUUUGAGGAUUCAAACCUGAAAGCUUCACCAGAGGGCAUCAGUGAAGUGAAAACAGUUAAGGGCUGUGAUCAGGGAGCUGAAGAAGCAAGGACCAAAUAUAAAACCCAACCUAGCGAAAUCACACCAGUUUCUUCAGCAGGCAAUAAUCAAAGCACUCUCACCCUCUCAGUUGCCAGUCAAAAUUUCUCCAGCACCAGCAUCAGUUCGCCUCCUAGUGGUGACUCUGCUAUUAAAGACAAAGCAUGCACUAAAAGUCCAAGGAAGCGACUGUCUUCCACACUUCAGGAUUCCCAGGUGCCGCCUGCAAAGAAGCCACUGGUGGGGCAGCUUUCAGUUGGUAACAACAUGGAAGUUCAAAAAGUGAUCAGUGUUAAGAAGGUUCAGAAGGUUGCAUCACUUGCUAAAAAUGACAGUACUCCUGCACUUCCUCAAAUUCCUGGCAAAGUAACUAUAAAAGUAAAUUCUGCAACAUCAACGCACUUAGUGACAAACUGUCCAUUAGGUUCUAAUGUAAAUACUGGUGAUGCUGCUUUAGGACAGCAGCUCACAGCAUCAUCUCCAGAUGUAAAAGUAAAAUUGGAAGGGAACUUGUUUAUCUUAGAAAAUGAUUCAAAAUCUGAUGGCAGCUUUAAUCCAAAUGCCUGGCAGCAUAUCACUAAAACCUCGGACUUCACAUCUGUGAACUGUGAACAGCAGCAGGAUAUCAGUGUUAUGACUAUUGCAGGACACUCUGGCUCUAGUGAUUUACAGGAAUCUGUGUGGGAACCAGUGCACUGUGAAGGCAUACAGCAGGAAGCAUACAGCCAACAGUUACAGAGUCAGAUCCAGGAAUCUCCUUUGGAUCAAAUUCAAGGACAGUCUUCAAAUCAGUUACCUUUGCAGUCUGAGCUAAAAGACUUUGAACACACAGUCCCCCAGUCAAAUGAGAACUUCUUUUCAUUUGAUGAUGACCUCACACAGGACAGCAUUGUAGAGGAACUGGUGCUCAUGGAGGAGCAAAUGUCUAUGAAUUCACAUCCUUAUGGGGGUUGUCUAGCAAUGGCACUUCAGAGCCAGGCAGCAGCUCCAGGAGCUCCAGUGUCAUCUCAUCCAAGCAGUGCUCACUUCUACCAUUCAGUCCAUAACAGUGGCACUCCAAUUCACACUCCCACUCCCACUCCUACUCCCACUCCAACCCCCACCCCGACUCCAACCCCCACAUCAGAAAUGAUGGCGGGGUCUCAGAAUGUGUCACGAGAGAGUCCAUGUUCAAGACUGGCUCAAACUACUCCUGUAGACAGUGCUCUAGGAAGCAGCCGGCACACACCCAUUGGAACGCCUCAUUCUAACUGCAGCAGCAGUGUCCCUCCUAGUCCUGUGGAAUGCAGAAAUCCAUUUGCAUUUACUCCAAUAAGCUCUAGCAUGGCAUACCAUGAUGCCAGCAUUGUCUCCAGUAGUCCUGUGAAACCAAUGCAGCGACCUAUGGCUACCCACCCUGAUAAAACCAAACUUGAGUGGAUGAACAAUGGGUACAGUGGAGUUGGUAAUUCAUCCGUUUCAAGCCAUGGCAUCCUUCCAAGCUAUCAGGAGUUAGUGGAAGAUCGUUUCAGGAAACCUCAUGCUUUUGCAGUUCCUGGCCAAUCAUAUCAGUCUCAGUCCCGGCUCCAUGAUACUCACUUUGGCCGUGUGACUCCUGUUUCACCUGUGCAGCAUCAGGGAGUCUCUGUAAACAGCACCACCAAACAAGAAGGCUUUGCUGUUCCUGCCCCACUGGACAACAAGGGGACAAAUUCCUCUCUUGGAAAUAGUUUCAGAUGCCGGAGUGUGAGCCCUGCUGUCCAUCGCCAACGUAAUCUUAGCGGAAGCACUGUCUAUCCUGUUUCUAACUUACCACGCUCUAACCUGACCUCUUUUGGAAGUCCAGUGACACCAGAAGUUCACAAUGUGUUCACAAAUAUCCAUGCAGACACCAGUGCCAAUAAUAUAGCUCAGAGAAGCCAGUCUGUUCCGUUGACUGUCAUGAUGCAGACAGCCUUUCCGUCUCUUCAGAAACAACCAAACACUAAAAAAAUAACUAACGUGUUGUUAAACAAACUUGACUCUGAUAGCGAUGAUGCAGUGAGAGGUUUGGGAAUGAACAACAUGCCCUCAAAUUAUACAGCGAGGAUGAAUCUCACUCAAAUUUUAGAAACGAACACUUUUUCUAGUGCCAACUCACAAAAUAUGAUCAAUUCCAGCACUUCAGUUUAUGAAUUCCAAACACCAACUUACCUCACAAAAAACAGCAGCACCGAUCAGAUCAGUUUUUCUUCUGGAGACAACCAAGCACAAUCAGAAAUUGGAGAGCAGCAAUUAGAUUUCAGCAGCACUGUAAAAGACCUUUUAGAGGAGGACAACCUGCAAACCAACCAGCAGCUGGUGAAUCAGGUGGCAUCUGAUCUCAAUAAUGUUGCAUCUGUCUUUUCCAACGACAUCAGGUUGUCUUCCGACCUCUCAGGCAGCAUUAAUGAUCUGAACACUUUAGACACAAAUCUACUGUUUGAUCCAGGUCGUCAGCAGGGACAAGACGAUGAUGCUACACUGGAGGAGUUAAAGAAUGACCCAUUGUUUCAACAAAUCUGUAAUGAAUCCAUUAACUCAAUGACUACAUCAGGUUUUGAGUGGAUGGAGAGUAAAGAUCAUUCUGCCGUUGAAAUGUUGGGUUAAUUUUGUUUUAUAAUAUGUAUGUAGCACACUGUAUGUAAAAGACAGAUGUAUUGUAUUUGUCUUAAUGGAAGUGCCUCCCGCAGCAGAAACACUUGCUAUGUAUUGUGGCAUUUUUUAAAAGUUUGCUGUACCAGUCGCUCAUUUUUCAGCAGGGAAUAGGCAAGUCUUAUCAAUUUUAAAUAAAUUUCUGAAGAUAAUGGGCUAUUGAAGAGCCAGUAUUACAAUUUAAAUUUUAUAGCAUUCCCACUUAAUAGCAUUUCUUAUUCUACCAAAAUAAAGUGGCUGAGAACCAGCAUUGAUAACUGGAGUAGAGAUGUUGAGAGGGUUUUGAAGAGAGGGUUUUAAAUCUAGCUUGUUACUAGGCAUUCAGUACUUUGUAUUGCCUUCUACUUUUAAGUAGAUACUUGUCAGUCUUUGUUAUCCAAGUCUGAAAUGUAUUGUGCCUUCAGACAAGUAGGUGUUGAUUAAGCAGGUGGGGGGUUCAUCAUGAUGAGUGGCAUGUAAGCGGUGAUGUAUCACUGUACAGCACCUCUGGAUGCUGCUCAGUAGUGAACCAUGAGAGACCUCUGUGGCACCACCAGAAAGAACUAUUUGCACCAUGGGUGGGCAAUUAUUUGGGCUGGAGGGCCCCUUAGGGAGUUUUGGUGAGCUGUUGGUUGCGGGGGAUAACUGAUCCAAUGCAACCUGCCGCACCCACUGCCAGGGCUGGACAAAGCGGGUAGGUGUGGUCUCCAUGGAGACCAACCUGGAACGUGCACGGACAGGGUCUGAUAGGAAAAACUAUCAUGAAAUGAUCAAGGAAAGAGAAAAAUGCACUAAAAUUUUAUUUAAAAGAAAACAAAAUCUAUUUAGGGUUUUUAGACAUAAAUAUUCAUGACCUCACAAUAAUUUAGUUUUUACUUUAAAUGUUAGUUUUUGAUACCAGGUAAAAAAAAAAUGCAUGAAAAAUGAUUCUGAGCACUGAGGCUUAAUAACCCCAGAGAUACCAUGCAUUAUAAAAUGUUAGUUACUGUUUUAUUAUUUAUCAGUUAGAGAAAGGGACAUUAUACUUGGCGUCCUUUUAAUUAAGAAUGGCUGCAUGAAAUCAUAAAAAUACUACUGUUUUUUAAGAUUUGUUUUUAAACCCCUUCUGUUCUGACCUGCUGGGGGUCUUUCUGUGUCUCCUGAAAACAAAGAUGAUAAAAAUAUUACCUAAUUUGGUGGAGAAUGGUUAGAAAUACUUUGUGUAGAGCCAUAACAUUCCUAGGCACUUUACAAACACAAAAGACCUGGAAUAAAAUUUUUUAGAGUAUUUAAGUAAUUUAGGAGCCUAAGGGCAUGGACAAAUUAUCAAAUGGCACAAGUUAAAAGGGAGUGGAGACUUACCAUCAUACACUCUUACACAUUUUAACUCACCUUUAAUUUGAUAAUUCAUCCAUACCUUAAGUUUCAUAUUCAAAGUGAUUUAGGUGCUACCCAGACAGUCUCAUUGCAAGUCAAUAUUGUACUUUCCAAGUCUCUUGAAAAUGGGAUUUAUACUCAAGUCACUA